AGGCACUUCUCUUUCAAAACCAUCAAACACCUAGAUUUACUAUCCCACAAUGCCGACAGCAGGACACAACCAGUACGGGCCGGGGUAUAGCGCUACGCAGGUAACGCAUCACGAGUGGCGAACAGCAGAGAACAGCGCGGGUCAUCUUCUCCCAAGACUGCAGUCAAUCGCGAAGGAGACCCCGCAAUUGAAGUUGCUGGAUGUCGGCGCUGGGUCUGGCACCAUCUCUGCGUCUCUUGCAAAGUACAUACCCGAGGGCCAAGUCACUGCAACGGACAUAUCAGAUGAGAUCCUAGGCCGCGCCAAGUUGCAUGCAGACUCCGUUGGCGUGAAGAACAUCCAGUUCCAACAAGCCAACGUGUAUGAGCUGCCAUUCCCUGACUCGACCUUCGACGUUACCCAUGCUCACCAGGUGCUUUGCCAUUUGGAUGCCCCCUCCGAUGCGAUUCGCGAAAUGGUUCGCGUGACAAAGCCUGGUGGCGUGGUUGCCCUUCGCGAGAGUGAAAUGAAGAUGUGGUGCAUUUUCCCCGAACUACCUCCGCUCUUGCGCUUUCACGAAAUCGCCGCGAAGACUCUUGUCGCAAACGGCGGCCAAGAUAAGGGAGGGCGCCAACUCGUGUCCUGGACCAUGAAAGCCGGAGUAGCUCGGGAGGAUAUCACGGCUAGUUUUGGAACGUGGUGCUACAGCGCCCCAGAGGACAGAUUGCCAUGGGCAUCAUCGAUGAUGGAGAGACUGAAAAAUGGUCAAAUGCGAGGGAAAGCUAUCGAGCUAGGCAUGGCCACUGAGCAGGAAAUGGACGAUAUGGUUGACGCCUGGGACAAAUGGAGCAAGACUGAGGAUGCUACUCUCGGAAUAAUGAAUGGGGAAGUUUUGGUGGACAAGAAAUGAUACUAGUCUACGUAAAAGUCUCACAGCAUGCAACAUCUUAACAUGGUUAAAUCGAACACAGU